GAAUAUCUAUUCAUGACUCGUAUACAUGGUCAUGAUCUUCACCAACGAUGGCUCACUCUAUCUCAUUCCCAAAAGAGCAAGAUUAUAUCACAGCUUCGUUCAUAUACAAUCGAUAUGCGAAGCGUUAAACCUCCUGCAGAGACAAAGAUUGGCUCAUUUUCCGGCGGUCCUGUUGACUGUUGUCGCCUCCUCGAGUUUGAAGAAGUGGGCCCAUUUGUGGAUGAGCAUCAUCUUAAUCGACACCUUCGAGGGCCCUUGGAAUUAGCCUCUCUGUCUCCCACUGUGUUGAGCUCUCAACAAAAACAACACGAACUUUGCGCUACACAUAAUGAUUUGUUUCCUCGAAAUAUCAUGGUCGAUGAUCAGUUGAACAUCGUGGCUAUCGUGGAUUGGAAAUCUGCUGGCUGGUUUCCCGUAUAUUGGGAGUAC